CCAAGUAAGAAAAACAGCGCAACAAUUAACAAAAAAGAAAAAUUAUAAACUCAACAGCAACAGAAGUAAAGGUGGACAGAGACAGUGAAUUCUCAAUCAACUAACUAAGCUCCAACCGAAGACAAACCAAAGAAGACAAUGAUGCGAUACAAAGAGGAAAAAGAAGCUAAGAAAGAAUCAUUCAGAAAAUAUCUUGAAUCAAGUGGAGCUGUUGAUGCUCUAACCAAAGUUCUUGUUGCUUUAUAUGAGCAAAACGACAAACCUUCUUCUGCUCUUGAGUUUAUUCAACAGAAAUUGAGUUGUCCUUCUAUCCCUGAAUAUGAAAAGUUGCAAGCUCAAUUCUCUGAUCUACAAAUCAGAUAUAAUGAUCUUCUCACUACACACCGCAACACCUGCAAAGAGUUAGAAGAAAUGAAAAGCUCCCAUGUGUUGGGAAUGGCAUCAACGAAGGAAACAACUGAUAAUGAAUCACCGGCUAAAGAUGAUUCUUGAAGGUUACAUUACCGGUGUAUCUAACCCGAUUUUAAAUUUUUCAGGUUUUUUUUCUUCUUUGAGUGCUUAUAUGUUCAUUUUUAUUUUUUCCGUUGUUUCUUGUCUUUGCUUCGUUAUGACUUGUAAUCACCCCCACCCCCACCAAUUUUUCUCUCCCUUUUGCUUUACAUCUGUAAAACGGUAUUGAUUUCUUAUGAAGGAAGUUAUCGUUAUAUCCCGAAAAA